CGGUUUUGACUAUCUAGUUUUUUCACCAUUAUACAAUGAUGGCACUGUAUUUCUUCAGCUUUUGUCACGGAUAAAGAUGGUUUCUUUGGUACACUAAGUCUGUUUUUCCUUGCUGAAUGUAACUAGGCAGAGGUAACCUUUUUGGUGUUUUCAGCUGCUUAACGUAGUAAAUUGUGUAGUUCACUCUACUCUUUUGCACUUGAUUCUUAUAGGGUCUAAUUUGAUGUAGUAUGAAAACAUUUUCUGAGUUGUGCAAGAAGCUUGAACUUUGCUUUUGCCCUUCCAGCCUUGUUUCAUUUAGUUUUAUCUUUGUGUAAAAGUGAUCAUUUGAAUUGCAUAAACAUUGGUUGACAAGUGUGGUUUUUGGAUCAAUUUUGAAUGUGGUAAAGCUGGGAUUCUGUUGCAUAAUGCUUCUCUGGGGAAUCUUGAACUUUUUGAGUUCAAGUUCUGUAUGUAUAAUUUUUUUCAUUUUAUAGUAAUGUGAGUGCUUUGAAUGGUAAGGAAUUCAGAGUUUCACUGUUUAUUUGCGUAUUUCUUUAACAUGUAAAGGGAUGUGUGGAAUGAGAAUCAAAGACUGGCUUCACAAUAGGAAAAAUAGCUUUAGUGGGAGACUUCAAAAGAUGAUGAAGUGCAUUUGGUCUGGGGAGCACCUGAGGAUUGAUGAAACUAUUGCUUCGUCGUCGGAGUCUCUGGCAACCAGGGACUACUCAGCCACAGCCAGCGGGUUCUCUUCUCGUGCUGGUGAACCUGAUCGAAAGGUUGAUACAAGCAACAUUGAAGAAGCAGAAUCAUCACUUCGCGAGAGUGGCUAUUUAAAUUAUGAGGUUGGUGAAUUUGAAUAUUGUUGCACCAUUAUAGCUUUUGUGUAUUGAAAUACUGGGGUAAGGCUGCGUACAUCUUGACCCCCCAGACCCCAACCAAGUUGGGAAUGUACUUGGUAUGUAGUAGUAGUAGUAGUUGUUGUUGUUGUAUUAACCUUCAUUUUGCUUGAUCAUUUCAGAAGAACUUUUCAUUCUCGUUAAAAAGAAUUGUUCUGUUAGCACCAUCACCAUGUUAGAGGUAAAUCAUCAGUCUUGUUCUGCACAAAGGCCAGCUAAAUUCUUGUGUCAUAUAGUUUGAUUUGUUGAAAUUAUCAAUACGAUGUGAGGUGUCAAGAGAAAUCGAGACCUCUAGGCUGGAUUGUUUCUCUGUAUGGUCCAGUGAUCCAGUCAGCUGAAUAGUGUUUAAGAAUAAUAUGUGGGAUUUGGAUAAUGAACUGGAUAAAGUCCCAAGGUUGGUUGUACUCAGUACUCACACUGGCACAUAGAAUGGUUGGGAAUGAAGAGUGUGUGAAGUGAUAAUUUGCGAAAAUAAGAAUAUCAACAAAAGAUACUAUGGGUUAUAGGUUUGGAUAUUGAGCAUUGCUUCUGCAGUAGAGAUCCAUAGGAUGAAUUUGAUUAUGAGCAUCCAGUUUCAGGAAGUUCUGACAAAUUCUUACAUGCUUAUUACCAUGCUGACAUGCAACUUGACCUCUAAAAUGUGGUCUGUUACUGCAGUGCUCUUGACUAACUCUGCCAUUCUUAAUGUGGACCGGUUCACCACAGCCCCCGCUAUUUUGCUCUAUUGAUUUGAGUUACUCAUGAAGCUAGAGCACUAUUGGGUCGGCUUGAGUAUCAGAAAGGAAAUGUGGAGGCUGCUCUGCAUGUUUUUGAAGGGAUUGACAUUGCUGCUGUGAUUCCAAAAAUAAAAGUUUCUAUUGCUAGAAGAUGUGAGUUACCUAGACGGCUUUCCCAAAGUGACGCUGCUCCACCUUUGUCAAUGCAUGCUGUUAGUUUGCUCUUUGAAGCAAUUUUUCUGAAAGCUAAAUCACUUAUGGUCCUCCAGAAAUUUACAGAGGCUGCUCAAUCCUGUAAAGUAAUUUUGGAUACUGUGGAAGCUGCUGUGCCAGAAGGCUUGCCUGAAAAAUUUGCUUCUGAUAGCAAAUUGUUGGAUACUUUAAGCAAGGCUGUUGAGCUACUUCCAGAGUUGUGGAAACUCGCUGAUGUUCCUCAGGAAGUUAUUUUAUCAUAUAGGCGAGCUCUCCUAUACCAUUGGAACCUUGACGUGGAAACCAGAGGUAAAUUAGAAAAGGAAUUUGCCACCUUUCUUCUCUAUAGUGGUUGCGAUGCAACUGCUCCAAAUCUUUGCUCACAGGCAGAGGGUUCCUUUAUUCCGACAAACAAUAUUGAAGAGGCUGUUCUCCUACUACUACUUGUGCUGAGAAAGUCUGCAUUGAACAAAAUUAUAUGGGAUCCAUCUGUCUUGGAUCAUCUUAUUUUCGCAUUAUCCAUAGCAGGUGAACUUAGGACUGCUGCCCAUCAGAUUGAGGAAUUGUCUACUGGAACCAUUGAAGAAAAAAACAAGUACACUACUCUUGCACUGUGUUACUAUGGUGAAGGAGACAGCUUGGUAGCUUUAAAUUUAUUGACUAACGUAUUGAAUAACCGAGAAAACCAUAAUUGCAUAUUUGAGUUAUUACUUGCUUCAAAGAUUUGUGGGGAGAUUCCCAAUCAUAUCGAAGAAGGUUCAAGAUUUGCUCGGAAGGUAAUUUCUCAUUGUGGUGGAAAAUGUGAGCAUUUGGCCAUUGUUGCCAAUUAUUUGCUUGGAAUUUCGCUAUCAGCUCAAUCUCAAGAGCUGGUUUCAGAUUCCAAGAAGCUCUCAAGACAGGCAGAAGCACUUGAGGCACUAGAAACGGCUCGGAAAAUGUCCAGCGAAAUUAAUUCUGAUGUGUUAUUCCACCUUAGUUUAGAAUAUGCUGAACAGAGAAAGUUGGAUGCUGCUUUAUACUAUGCAAAGAGGUUGGUGAGAAAUGAGGCAGGAUCCAGUCUUAAGGGAUGGAUUCUCUUGGCUCGUAUACUGUCUGCUAAGAAAAGGUACAUGGACGCCGAAAACAUUGUAAAUGGUGCUUUAGAUGAGACUGUGAUGUGGGAUCAAGGAGAGCUACUGCAGACCAAGGGUAGACUACAGAUCGCACAGGGUCAUCUGAGGGAAGCCAUAGAGACAUAUACCCAUCUCCUUGCUGUUCUUCAAGUUCAAAAGAGGAGUUAUGGUGUCCAUAAGAACCCUCCAAAGAACAGGAGGAACAAUAAUAGAAGCUUGGAGAUGGAAACAUGGCACGACCUAGCGAAUGUAUAUACAAGCCUGUCUCAGUGGCAGGAUGCUGAGGUUUGUCUAUCAAAGUCCGAAGCUAUCAAUCCUCAUUCUGCCUCUAGACUUCACUCAACAGGCUUACUUUAUGAAGCUAAGGGAUUGAAAAAUGAAGCCUUGAAAUUCUUUGAGACAGCACUAGACCUGGAACCUAGUCAUGUUCCAAGUCUAAUAUCUGUUGCCAUUAAUUUGCGACAACUUGGCGACAAAUCACUGCCAAUUGUGAAGAGCUUCCUUACUGAUGCUCUGCGCCUCGAUAGAACAAAUCCUUCUGCUUGGUACAAUCUUGGGCUGCUGUAUAAAACUGAAGUUGGAGCAUCAGUAAAAGAAGCUGCUGAAUGUUUCGAGGCAGCUGCCCUUCUCCAGGAAACAGCUCCUGUAGAACCUUUCAGAUGAAACUGACCUAAACACCUUUGUCCCAAACAAGUAUCUUAUUCAGGAAAAAGAUGCUUUUUAAUUUGCCAAAGAUAGUUCUGUUGAUGUACAUGGAAAGGGUAAUAUUCCAAUAGAAAAAAUGAAAAAUGUUAUAUGCUGUGAAAUCUCACAGAGACUGACAGACAUUUACUGCGGAAGAUUAUUGGACAGCGGUGUUGCUAGUAAUACUUUUUAUCACAGUUGCUACUCUGGUCAAGAGAGAAUGACAUAGAAUAAUGAUGAUCCUUUCCCGAGAG